AUGCGCGCCGAGCUGAACAAGGAUCUGCUGCUGCGCAUUGGCGUGAGACAGGGUGGCUGCUCUGGCUUCUCAUACGUGAUGGAUUUCGAGGAGCGAGCCAACAUCCAGGAAGGCGACUCUAUCGUCGACUACCAAGGCUUCUCUAUGGUGUGCGAUCCCAAAAGCCUUCUCUUCCUGUUCGGCAUGCGGCUAGACUACAGCGAUGCUCUCAUUGGGGGUGGCUUCUCAUUCAGCAACCCUAAUGCUUCCUCUACCUGUGGAUGUGGCAAAUCAUUUGCUGCCUCAGCCAACCUCCGCGUCCUGCCUUCUGGCAAGAACGCAUUGCUUACGAAAAGCUUAGCGGCCUUUAGAGGCGUAGGCGUCCGUUGUGUCCGCGGCACUGCGUCCCCGCGUCGCCUCGCCACGGUCUAUGCGACCAGCUCCCCGCGUUCCAGUGUCAGCAGCAGCGUAGAUUUUAACGAGGAUGGACUCGUUAAUGGUCGGAGGUCAGACGACUGGACCAAAGCGCACGACGAGGCGAUCGCUCCCCGGAACCCGUGCUGCGAGUCACUCGAUCAGCUUGACCGGAAUCUCUCAUCAUUGUCACCAUCAGAAGCCCCAUGGACGGCUUUGAUCCACCGCCUCGCCUUCUGGCAGUCGCAUCUGAGCCGUCAAUUCCACCUCCCGGAGCCGUCCGACAUCCUCAGAGAAGCCGGCCGGCUGUUCGUGUCGCUGGCCGUCAGCGCCGUGCUGCUGACGUCCGUCAGCGCGCCGGCGACGGCCAUCGUGCAGGCACCGCCGCGCAAGCUGAUGCCGGACGAGCAGGCGACGGUGCAACUAUUCAACGAAACGACACCGAGUGUCGUUUAUAUCACGAAUCUGGCCGUUCGGAGGGACGUGUUUACACUUGACGUGAUGGAGGUGCCGCAGGGGUCCGGAUCGGGGUUUAUUUGGGACCGCGAAGGCCACGUGGUGACGAACUACCACGUGAUUCGCAACUCCAGCGACCUGCGUGUAACACUGGCGGACCAAUCAGUGUACGCGGCUGACGUGGUGGGGUACGACCGUGACAAGGACGUGGCAGUGCUGCACAUCGACGCGCCCAGGAGCAAGCUCAGGCCGCUGCGAGUGGGCAGCUCGUUUGACCUGCAAGUGGGGCAGCGCGUCUACGCCAUUGGGAACCCCUUCGGUUUGGACCAUACCCUCACCACAGGCGUGAUCAGUGGGCUGAGGAGAGAGAUCAGCAGUGCAGCAACGGGGCGGCCCAUCCAGGACGUGAUACAGACAGACGCGGCCAUCAACCCGGGCAACAGCGGGGGGCCGCUGCUGGACUCCAAUGGCAACCUCAUUGGCAUCAACACCGCCAUCUACUCUCCAUCGGGCGCUUCAUCCGGUGUUGGCUUCUCCAUCCCUGCUGAUACGCGGCCAUCAACCCACUCAACUCAAGGGGGGCCGCUGCUGGACUCCAAUGGCAACCUCAUCGGCAUCAACACCGCCAUCUACUCGCCCUCUGGCGCCUCCUCUGGCUUCGGCUUCUCUAUCCCUGCUGAUACGAUAGCAGGCAUAGUGGAGCAGAUAAUCAAGUACGGGCAGGUCACGCGGCCAGUGCUGGGCAUCUCUUUAGUUGCCCUUUCCUCUUCCACCCCCUUUCACGCAUGGCAGGUAGCAGGCAUAGUGGAGCAGAUAAUCAAGUACAGGCAGGUCACACGCCCAGUAGCAGGCAUAGUGGAGCAGAUAAUCAAGUACGGGCAGGUCACGCGGCCAGUGCUGGGCAUCUCCUUCGCCCCCGAGCAGUCUCUUGAGCAGCUGGGAGUGGCUGGGGUGCUUGUGCUAGAUGCUCCCCCCUCCGGCCCCGCAGGGAAAGCGGGCAUCCGGCCGACGACUCGGGACAGCUACGGGCGGCUAGUGUUGGGGGACAUCAUCACGGGCAUUGAUGGCAACACCGUUCGCAACGGCUCGGACCUCUACCGCAUCCUCGACCGCUGCAAGGUUGGCCAGAAGUUUGCCCAUGCGCGCUGUUCCGUGCUGGCAACGUGCUUCAUCCGCCCUCCCCUGCCGAUCUCCCCCGUUCCCCCCGUUCUCCCCCCCCUCCCUCCCCCCUCGCCUCUCCCCCCUCGUGGCAGCGAUGCCACGCGCAACGCGCUGGUGGACGCGUGUUUCAUCCGCCUGCGCCGCCCCGAGUUCCUGCGCUUCACCGCUGACCUCCCAUCACUCUCCGCGCGCAUCCUCCUCUCCGGCCCCCCAGGUCCUUCCUCUCCCCCUAGAUUCCUUUGUAUGGCUGGUCCAGGAAUGGCCAGUGCAGGUAUGGCUGGUCCAGGUAUGGCUGGUCCAGGUAUGGCUGGUCCAGGUAUGGCUGGUCCAGGAAUGGCCAGUGCAGGUAUGGCUGGUCCAGGUAUGGCUGGUCCAGGAAUGGCUAGUGCAGGUAUGGCUGGUCCAGGUAUGGCUGGUCCAGGUAUGGCUGGUCCAGGUAUGGCCGGUCCAGGUAUGGCUGGUCCAGGUAUGGCCGGUCCAGGGCACGCAACAGGAGCGGGAAUAGGGGAGGAGGGGGAAGGUGGAGGAGAGGGCACAGAUGGAGGUGCGGGGGAGAGGGGUGCUGGGGAUGCAGCAGAGGCAAGUCAGGGAGAGGAGGCGGAGGAGGAAGAGGAAGCCGAGGGCGAGGAGGGGAGGCAAGGAGAGGGCGGUGCAGUGAGGGAAGAGGGGGCGGGAGAGACAGGGGCGCCAGGGGAGGCACAAGGCGCUGGUCCCACGAGUGAGGCUGCAGGGGGGGAACAAGUAUCCGGGGGGGGGGAUGGGGGAGGUGGUGACGGGGAAGGGGGUGAUGGGGGAGAGGGGGAAUCCGCCCUGGCUGCUGAUGUGGAGAGUGAUGGGCCUGCUGACGUGGCGUCAGGGGAACUGGAGCUGGCAGAUGCCAUGGAUGAAGGGCAAAGGGGGGAGAGGGUGGAGGGGGAAGGGGAGCGGGAGAGGGCGGAGAGGGAGGGGGCGGAGAGGGAGGGGGCGGAGAGGGAAAGUGGGGAGAGGGAGGGGGGGGGAGCAGGGGGUGAAGCAGAAGAGGCGCACAGUGUGCCUUGUGUGCAGGGGGCCGGUACUCUGCCUGCUUAUGGCUGCAGCAGCAGCAACAUCGCUGCCGGUGCCGUCACUGCAACUUCUUCCUCCUGUCCUGCUGGUGCUGCUUCGUCUGCUUCCACUGCCGCAGCUGGCAUGUGUGAGGAGGCGGAGCAGAGCAGCGCUGCUGCUGGUAAUCCUUCUGCCAGCACGCAGCCGGACAGCAUACCGCCCCCCACCACUGCACACACUGGCACCACCCACACCAGCACUGCCGCUGCUGGUGACCUUGGCAAGCCCAAAAGGCCGGAGGAGGAGGAAGAGGGGCAGCAAGGCAGCACCGUGAGUAAACGCAGCAGUGGGGGUGCAGGAGGAGGGAAAGGCGGUGUGGACCUUAGAGCAGUGAAGCUGAAGGAGCUCUCCUCCUCGCUCAUCCCCCGCUCCCACCACUCCAAGUCCUCCUCGUCCUCCCAUAAGAAGAAGGGCAGCAGCAAGGGUUAUAAGGGCUCAACGAAAGAUGGAGGGGGUGAGGGGGACGGUGUUGGGAAGGGCGGGAGCAAAGAGGAGGUGGGGAUUGGGGCAGCGGUGGCGGGUACAGGGCACAAGGGGAAGAGCAAGGGGGAGAAGGAGAAGGAGGGUGCUGGAAGCGAUGGGAAGAAGAGCAGCGAGAGUGUGGAGGGAUCAAAGAAGGGCUUUAAGAAAGGCGACAGAGUGCGCUACAUGGGCCCGCCCUCGCUCUCCUCUGCUGCACCCCCACCGCCAUCGGCCUCACUUCUGCCACCCUCCAUGCGCGGCCCACCAGUGGGGCUCAAGGGGCGCGUGGUGGUGGUGCUGGAGGAGAACCCCCACCGUGUGGGUGUGCGUUUCGACAAGCCCAUCCCGGGCGGCAACAGCCUGGUGGAUGUAUGCGACGAUGGGCACGGCGCGUGGUGCCACGUGUCAGAGCUGCGGCUGGAGGGAGCAGCAGCAGACGACGCGGAGAAGCAGCUGGUGGACCACUGCAUGGCGGUGGCAGCCACCGUAGCAGCAACAUCGCCUCUCAUCGUUUUCAUCCCAGGCGCGGAUAGAAUCGCAGCGGCACACUAUGAGAGGCUUGUUAGACUGGAGCGCAUGGAGCGGUUGGGAGUGGUGGGGGAGAGAAGCGCGGAGAAAGGAGAGAAAGGGGAGAAGGGGGAGAAAGGGAAGGAGGGAAAGGAGGUGAAGGAGAACAGUGAACCGCUGCGGUUGGUGGUGAUUGGCUCUCACACAGUGCCACCCAAGAAAGACAAACUCCCUCCAAGCGUUUCAAACUCACUCAAAGUGACUCUGCUUGACCUACUCUCCUCUCCUCCCUGCAAUCUUUCUUCCCAUCCCACCACCUGCCCUCGCGGUGGUGUGCCCGUCCACCCCUACCAGGCGCCAGCAGCGGCAGCAGCCCCCAAGACCACAGACAAGCUCUCUGCUCUCCUCGACCUCUCCUUCCUGGACCAGCUUUCAUCGCGGCUAGAGGAUGGGCGCGGGGAGGGUGGAGGGGCCAAGGCGGGCGGCAGGGCGGUGACUCGCAUCUUCCCCACGUCCAUCCCGGUGCUGCCGCCCGCACAAGAUGAUGACGUGGCGCAGCGUGAUUGGGCGAGGCAGCUGGAGGGUGACGUGGAGCUGAUGCGCGCUGAGAGCAACCGCCGCCUGCUUAGAUCGGUGAUGUUCACAGCAGGAGUGGAGUGUGCAGACAUUGACAGACUCUCCAUCGCCUCCCACUCUCUUCCCCAGGAGGGUGCGGAGCGCAUGGUGGGGUGGGCCAUAAGUCACCAGCUGCAGCACAGCCCGCAAGUCGACAUGCCUGCUGCCCGCCUCCCCCUCUCGCUCUCCAGCAACUCUGACUCUCUUUUGCAAUCACCCCCGGGCGGCAGUAUUCGGCACGGAGUGGAGGUGGUGGAGGGAGCAUCUCAGCAGCAGCCAGCCACACAGCGCAAGGCGCUCAAGGUGGGCUUUAAGGCGCUCAAGGUGGGCUUUAAGGCGCUCAAGGUGGGCUUUAAGGCGCUCAAGGUGGGCUUUAAGGCGCUCAAGGUGGGCUUUAAGGCGCUCAAGGUGGGCUUUAAGGCGCUCAAGGUGGGCUUUAAGGCGCUCAAGGUGGGCUUUAAGGCGCUCAAGGACGUGACGUGUGACAACGAUUUUGAGAGGCUGCUACUGGGGGAGGUGAUACCUGCGGAGGAGCUGGGGGUGCGCUUUGAGCACAUCGGCGCAUUGGAGGGCGUGAAGGAGGCUCUAAGAGAGGUCGUCAUGCUGCCACUUCAGCGACCAGAGCUGUUUCAAACUGGCCAGCUCACUAAGGUAUUUCUGUACAGUGGUGGAGUUUUUCUUCAGAUUUUGCCAUAUGUUGAUCACGCAGUCGGUGCGCUGGAGGGCGUCAAGGAGGCUUUAAGUGAGGUGGUCAUGCUGCCGCUGCAACGUGCUGAGCUCUUCCAAACGGGGCAACUCACCAAGCCGGUACGGGGGCUGCUGCUGUUUGGCCCACCGGGCACGGGCAAGACGAUGCUGGGCAAGGCAGUUGCUACGGAGUCAGGGGCCAACUUCAUCAGUCUUUCCAUGGCCUCUGUUGCAUCAAAGUGGUUCGGAGAGGCAGAGAAGUAUGUGAAGGCCGUGUUCACGCUGGCCAGUAAAAUUGCACCAUGUGUCAUCUUCGUGGACGAGGUGGACAGCAUGUUGGGGCGGAGAGGCGGCGACUCGGAGCACAGUGCAAUGAGGAAGCUCAAGAACGAGUUCAUGGCCGCAUGGGACGGGCUGCGAUCCAAGCAAGCCGAGCGCAUCCUCGUGCUCGGCGCCACCAACCGCCCGCAUGACUUGGAUGAUGCCGUCAUCAGACGGUUCCCUAGAAGGCUGUUCGUGGAUCUGCCUGACUGCACCAACCGAGCCAAGAUUCUGAAAGUCAUUCUCAAGGAUGAGGACGUGGAGCCGGGCUUCAGCACCGAUGAGCUCGCUGCUGCCACCGAUGGCUACUCGGGCAGCGACCUCAAGAACCUGUGUGUGACAGCAGCGUUCCUGAGAAUAAAGGAGUUUCUGGAUAAGGAGAAGAAGGAGAAGGAGGAGGCAGAGAGGAGCGAGGGAGGUGCGGAGGGCAGCAGUGGAAGCAGCAGCGCAGCAGCAAGUGGCAGCCGGGAGGGCGAGGCUGGUGCCUCUCAAGGCUCGGCUUCCCCUGCCGCUGCUCCAUGCCUGCGGCCAAUCAGCAUGGAGGACAUGCGGAAGGCCAUGGAGAAGGUGCGGGCGAGUGUGAGCAGCGAUGCAGCAGCAAUGAUGGAGCUCAUGCAGUGGAACGAGCAGUUCGGGGAGGGCGCCUCGCGCAAGAUCACCCCUCUCUCCUACUUCAUGUGA